GCCCGGUAUGAUCUGAACCCCCCACCCCGGCGGAGACGCACUCAGUCCAGCGCUAUUGCCGAUCGCAGAGCACCGUGCCGGGAUGGAUGCACUUAUGAAGGGCUUGUCCAAGGCAAAGGAAGGGGUUGUUGCUGCAGCGGAGAAGACCAAGGAAGGGGUAGCGGUGGCAGCAGAGAAGACCAAGGAAGGCGUACUUUAUGUCGGAAGCAGAACUCGGGAAGGCGUUGUGCAAGGUGUGGCCUCAGUUGCUGAAAAGACAAAGGAACAGGCAUCCCAACUGGGUGGUGCUGUCUUUUCUGGGGCUGGCAAUAUCGCAGCUGCUACAGGCCUGGUCAAGAAAGAAGAAUUUCCCACUGACCUGAAGCCUGAGGAAGUUGGUCAGGAAGCUGUGGAGGAGCCACUGAUAGAGCCACUGUUGGAACCUGAGGGUGAGAACUAUGAAGAGCCACCACAGGAGGAAUAUCAGGAAUAUGAGCCGGAAGCAUAAUGGCCAUCCUUGUUCCUACACUUCCACCAGCAGCACAAUAACAAUAAUGACCCUCCCCUUCCCACUUCUUAUCCAGCUCUCCAAAGGAAGGCCGUGAUGCAGAUGGCAGUGGAGAGGACUUCCCAUACCCCAUUUGUCAUGAGUUCUUCCUUCAGUUCUGCUCCAAGGGACCUCAUCAGGAUCUGUGUUUUAUGUAUCGUGGUCUUUAGCGUUAAGAGAAACAAAGAAUUCUGAAGACAAACCCUGACCGCAGGGGUUUGUGUAUGUGCGUGCAUUUAUGAGCCCAGUCUUACUGCCCUGUCUCCCUCCCAGCGCAGUAAGGCUAGGCUUCCCUGUGUUUGUAAGAAGCAUGUUGUACCUUCUCCGUUUUUAAGCAGCGCUUUCCACCACCUCGGCUGGGACCCUGCACUAGGCCUGCUGUACAUUUGCUUGCACGUGAAUCACGCCAACUCCAUUACCAUUGGUGGAACUUUUUUUUAUAUCUCUGAAUGGAUUGUUUACGCCUUUGUGACCUCUCCCUUUCCUGACCCCUCUGAUCUUGUAACAGAGACUCCCUGAUUUUGACAGUGCAGAAGCUGUAUCAGUGUAUCCCAAACAAAAGGAGUAUCCUCCCUUUCCUGUCCCUGGCGCUCUGUGUUGUGACUGUGGCAUGGAUAUAUACCUCCCACUGUCGCUGUGUGUGCAAUCCUGGGACAGCUGCCAGUGACACAGCUGCCCCAGAGUCCAUGAAUAAAGCCAACUCUUGUCUGUA